AUGAUGUUGGAAUUGAACUACGACGGCAAGUUCGCGAGGUCCAGAUCCAUUACUCUUUACCAGUUGAGAAUUCAACUGGUCCAUCCAUGUAACGAACAUGUCAGCCCACCUGGUCGGUGGUCUGAGGAUGUUUUGCUUCGCGAGGAAUCCAUUCCAGUGUUCCUAGUGCUCAUCAGUCGUCACUUCUCUUCAUUGUAUGACCAGCCCAUCGACGCUUUGUCUAAGAGACGUAUUCCGUUGGCUCAAGAAGACGAUACAUUGAUCUCAUAUAUGAACUGCGAAGUACGAGAUGUUGAGUGCGUCGGUUGUACUUCAGAAGACGUCGUUCCAGCGCUCUGUAGGUUGUUCGGAGCGCCUUUGACGUAG